UUUUCAAAACAGAUCCUCGCAGCGUUCCUCGCGUUCGUUUCCAAGUGACGGGAUUCACGUGUGCGUCGACGAUCGAACGGCAGCCUGAAAAGCAGAAAAACGCAAAAUGCCGUUUCAUUCGUUAAACGUCCCGAUGUAACCAUCGUCGGGAAAUUUUCGUUUGAAACAGCACGGAUCACGGAUUACAUGGUAGCUGUUGCUUGGCAACAUCAUUUCUGCUUCGUGGCUGGUCGGAGUCGUCGACGCUUAUCUAUUUUCCUCUGGUUCGGGGAUAAAAUUCCUUUUCACUUUGGGCGAACGAGGAACAAAAUAGUUCGGCCAAUAUGACAAAGAAAGUACUAGACACAAUAUGCCACCAGAUAGACCAGAUGCAUCGGGAAUAGAAACUGGGGUAGGACUGAAUAGCACUCAGGUUUUCAGUUUCGGAGAAACAGUAUAUACAAUGAAAGAAGAAGAGAACGCAAGUGCUUUUGUCGAGACAAAUUCGUCUGAUGAUCUUCACAAAGACAUUUCGGUAUCCGAAAAGUCUAUAGAGAAAAACAGUCAGCUAGACGACGAUUUAACCUCCUUGAGUUGGCUGCAUCAACAGAAUUUACUGAAAGGAUUGGACAUCUCGAAUCCGUCUAAGGACAUGAAAAACGAGAAUGUAUUGAAUAACAAUGUAUGCGAUGAUGCGGCAGACUUUUCUGAAAACACAAACUCCAUUUCAAGUUUAGACGACGGUUAUUGUCCAGAUAAUAGUGGCAAGAUAAAUAAUUCAACGUCGCACAGUCAUAGUCAAAACUUUCAACACACGAAUAAGAAUAGUCAAAAGUCGAUGCAAAUAUUUCAAGAGUCGGUCAAAAGUCAUUACAAUUCCUCGCAGAAUAAUCAAACGAAAAUUUCAUUGAGCAACAAUAAUCUGCCAGUUUCGAAUCGGAACAAACAUCCUACUCAUAUACCAUACGAUCCUCAUUUGCACAGAAACAGUAAACCGCCGUAUUCAUUUUCCUGUUUAAUUUUCAUGGCUAUCGAAGAUAGCCCUGUGAAAGCCCUACCAGUCAAGGAAGUGUAUGCUUGGAUAUUGGAUCAUUUUCCAUAUUUUAGGAAUGCUCCUACCGGAUGGAAAAAUUCUGUAAGACAUAAUCUAAGCUUGAAUAAAUGUUUUCGUAAAGUGGAGAAAGCGCCGAAUUUGGGCAAAGGUUCGUUAUGGAUGGUAGACGCUCAGUAUCGACCAAAUUUAAUACAAGCAUUAUCUCGUGCUCCAUUUCCGCCUCCUACCGCUCAAACUUUGUCUUCCCCAGAGAAACCGCCGAGAAAAAACACAAGCACGCGCCUUCCAGACCCUAUACUCUUCCCUUACCUUUCCAAAAGACUGGCAUCGAGCAACAUUUCCGACAAUACAGAAACGGAAGUAGACAGCGAUGUAGAUGCAGCCGCUGCUGCCAUGCUUUCUUUUAAACACGGACCUAUUAUUUUAAAUCAUAAUAAAGAUCGCAAACGGAAAUUGCCGGAAUCCGAGUGGAUCCCAGUGAUCACCAGGAGCUCCAGUGAGGAUCACACGUACAGUUGCAUCACCACGAUGAAGCGAGAAAGAUACCCAAGUGAAGAAACGAAUUCCGAUUUCGACGAGCAACGGAAGAUAGCCGAGGGUGCGGACGCGCUUUUGAAUCUGGCAGGCGUGACCACGGCGCUUAACCAUACCAGAACACCGCACGCGCAAGGUAUUAACCCAACACCAAAGUCGGAAGGUACAUCGAAGCCGAAGAAACGUUCGGCACCGAAUGAUUAUUCGAACCCGCCGGAAAAAAGGCGUAAACAUUGGCCAAAGUGGAGUGAAGGAAAGCGGUAUUUAAAACAAAUUAUAUAAAACUUUUUUCGUUGCGUGUAUAUUUGCGUGUUAUACGCCGUUACAUCCGCUCUCGUUAUGUUUCGUCUCUGACAAAGGGAAACGAGGAAUCUCCCGCGAUUCCGGUUUUCGAAUAGCGAUUAUUGAAACGGAGAAAGAAUAGACUUAACGUCA